UACAGCGCCCAGAAUCCCUCGCGGCUCCACCUCCCCGGCGCCAGUCUCCUAGGCGACCAAGUUAAACAAGAUGGCGGCCUCCUGGAAAGAUCCCCCGGGUUCGAGCUUGCUCUCUCUCAAGAGACGUUUGGGCACUUUAUCAACUGGAGGCCCAUCGAGACCGUUAGGCUCAGAAAAAGGACUUCAGUCUUGUUGGUCUCAAUUUUCCACGGGACAGAGGCCGAAAGGUACUUUCAACAGAGCCUCCUCUCACUUGCUCCAGCAGCUCAUUCGCCGCCCUCCGGACGAAGAACACGGAGAAGGGGAAUCCGGGGAGUCCUCAAAGUCCGAAAUGCUGGAUUUGGAGGAGGAAUUUGAUGGGGUCCUGACAGAAGAGGCUGUGGCCCAGGCACUCCAUGAAUUGGGGCGCUCGGGCUCUGGGACUGAGCAGGUCUACCUCCACUUAACUUUAUCAGGUUGUGAUUUAACCAACAUUAGCAUUUUGUGUGGAUAUGUUCACCUGCAGAAGUUGGAUCUUUCGGUGAAUAAAAUUGAAGAUUUGUCUUGUGUUAGUUGCAUGCCUUAUCUUCUAGAACUUAAUGCUUCUCAAAAUAAGUUGACUACGUUCUUCAAUUUCAAGCCACCCAAAAAUCUCAAGAAGGUGGAUUUUUCCUGCAACCAAAUUUCUGAAAUGUGUGAUUUGUCAGCAUACCAUUCUCUCACCAAACUAAUUUUGGACAACAAUGAAAUAGAAGAAAUCAGUGGCCUGGAGAUGUGCAGCAGUCUAACUCACCUUAGUUUGGCCAACAACAAGAUCACAACAGUUAAUGGCUUAAACAUGUUACCAAUCAAAAUACUUUGUCUGAACAAUAACCAGAUUGAGAAGAUCACAGGUUUGGAAGAUCUGAAAGUUCUGCAGAACUUGGAUCUGUCCCACAAUCAAAUAAGUAGCCUCCAAGGCUUAGAGGAUCACAACCUUCUGGAAGUAAUCAACCUAGAGGAUAAUAAGAUUGCUGAGCUGGAUGAAAUAGAAUAUAUUGAAAAUCUUCCUAUCCUUCGAAUUAUCAAUCUUCUAAGAAAUCCAAUUCAGGAGAAAUCUGAAUACUGGCUCUUUGUAAUAUUUAUGCUACUGCGAUUAACAGAAUUAGAUCAGAAGAAAAUUAAAGUGGAAGAAAAGGUGGCAGCUGUGAAUAAAUAUGACCCUCCCCCUGAAGUGGUCGCAGCUCAAGAUCACCUGACCCACGUUGUCAACAGCGUUAUGCGACCUCAGAGGAUCUUUGACAGCACUCUUCCCAGUUUGGAUGCCCCUUAUCCCAUGCUGAUACUGGCUGGGCCUCAAGCUUGUGGGAAACGAGAACUUGCUCACCGCCUCUGCAGACAGUUUAAUACUUACUUCAGAUAUGGGGCCUGUCACACUACAAGGCCACCAUACUUUGGAGAAGGGGAUCGAGUUGAUUAUCAUUUUAUCUCUCAAGAAGUUUUCGAUGAAAUGCUCAACAUGGGGAAAUUCAUUCUAACAUUUAAUUAUGGCAAUUACAGUUAUGGAUUAAAUAGGGACACCGUAGAAGGCAUUGCAAGAGAUGGGUUAGCAAGCUGUGUCCAUAUGGAAAUAGAAGGUGUGAGAAGUUUGAAAUUUUCCUAUUUUGAGCCUCGAUAUGUCUUGGUGGUACCCAUGAAUAAGGAAAAAUAUGAGGGAUACUUGCGGAGAAAAGGAUUAUUCAGUCGUGCAGAAAUUGAAUUUGCCAUUUCCCGAGUGGACCUUUAUAUUAAAAUUAAUCAGAAAUUUCCAGGUUAUUUUGAUGCAGUAAUCAAUGCAGAUGAUCUAGAUGUUGCCUAUCAAAAGCUGAGUCAGCUCAUUAGGGAAUACCUGGGAUUGGCUGAAGAACCUGCCAAGGGUCUGGCUCCAACUGCAGCAGGAGCCCCCUCUAGCAAGAAGACUGUCUCUGGGGUACCUGCACACCUGGUUCCCUCCCCUAGGCGCCUGACGAAACUGCAAGCAGAUGGCCAGAUAACAGAGCAUCUCUCCGGGCAGGUUCAUAUAAAGGUCUCGGAAAAUCAGAACCCAGCUCCCUCCCAGAACCAAGAGCUGGCCCAGGAGGGAGAAACCCAGAAGAAAGAGCUGUCUCCCAAUAGACUCAUCUCUUCAGAGCCUACCCAGCAGCCCAGCUCACCAGCAGUUGGUAUUCCUCAGCAGACCCAGGACAUAUCUCCACACCCGAUGGAAGAAGGUGCGCAACAGUCAGAUCUUUCUCCAAAAAUAACAACCACCACGGAGACAGAUGUCUCUGAAAGCAAGACCCAGCCCUCAGAGGUGGAAGCAGAUGGAGGAGAGCAGUCUUCCAUUACCACUUCCCACAUGCCUCUUCAACACCCUGACCCUCCUCCAUCCUACGGGCCUCAUUCAGACCAGGAUGAGGAAUCAGGGGAGGCCAAGGUGGCUCCCAGCAGUCCUCCCCCAUCUGAACCUUCACAAGGUCCAGCUUCUCUCAGCCCUCAGAAAGUCCAGGAUGUGGAAACUGAGCCCUCCAAACCCACACCUUGCAGUUCCCACCAGGUUCCUCCAGAAGAUCCUUCCCACCCUGACUCGAUGAAGAAGCUCGGUGGAGGCUCUCAACCACCUCUGAAGGAGGAAACCCACAAGUCAGGAGCAGCCCGAGCCAGUACUCCUUACCCUGAACUGGUGCCUCCCCAAGACUCAUCCACUACCACAAAAGAGACCCAGGAUAGGGAACACCCAGUGGUUUUGCUCUCCAGAGGCCGGCUCGCUCCUACCAGGCUGCCCCAGCCUCGGACCCUUGCACCCCUCCAGAGCAGGAGGCCCACCCCCAAGCUGCUCUCACCCAGCAGGGAAGAGGCUGCUGGAACAAACUCAGAUCAAACCAUGAUUCCUUCUCCCAGGCCUCUCCCCACUCAGGAAGCAGACCCCAGUAAGCUUCCUGCCAUCAGUCCUCCCCAUUCCACACUGCCCCCAAAUCUGGGUGCCCAUGCCACCCAUACUCCUCAACAAGACCAGGAAGAGAAAGUUGGUGAGGUGAGACUCCCUCUUAUCAGUCCCUCUGUCCAGGACCAAGUGCCUCAGCACAUCCCCAACAUAUCCCAGGAGGACGCUCCCACUAUCAGGCUCCCUCAGAUUCCUACUCCCUUCAUCCAACUACAACUACCUGCGACCGUGGGGGUUCAACCUGAUCCAAAGCCUGCAAAGGAAAAGAAAGCUCCCAAAGCAGGCCAUCCCUCCAGUAAGAAGAUCCCAGAUAUGCAGGCCUCACCCCAAAGCAAAAAGCCCAUGCAGCAGAAAGGAACUAGGAAAAAAACCCUCCCUCUCCAAAGAGAUAUAGCUAGAGGACCAGCACAUCUGAGAAAGGCACCGCCCAGAGGCCCACAGAUGCCCUUGCAGCUGGAGUCCCCUAGCAAGCCAGCUCCCACAAAGGUACCUGACCAUCCCAGUCCCAGCCCUUCUCUAAGCUCUCAGGGGAACCAGAGACAACAAGUCCACAUGCCAGGAAUUUCUGAGCUACCCCACACUGAACCACAACCCAAAGACCCCCAAUCACAGGAAGAGAAAAGGGAAAAAACACAUCAUUCCAGGAAAAAGGCCCAGACUAACCUGCCACCAAGUGAAUCCAGAAAAGGACCAUCUUUGAAAAGAGAGAAUACUCAAGGAUUAUCUAAAGAAAACAAAGCUGCCCUCAGUGGUGAUCAGCCAAUUCAAGAGGGUCUGCCUGCACAGAAAAGACCCAUACAGAGUGAAAAGGACCCCACAGAGUCAAUACAGGGCCACCCUGCUCCUGUGGAACAUCCAAGGAAGGGGGACCAGGUCUACAACAGGGAAAAGUCUUGGAAGAGAGAAACUGUGUUGGAACCCUCAGGGGAAAACAGUGUGUCCCAUAAAGGCACUAGUCAGAUCAGAGAGAGCUCUGUCCAAAGGGAUAGGGUACCUGCUCCCAAGCUGCAAACCAAAGACAAACAAACCCGCAAAAAUGGGGGCAUAGGACAAGACAAAAGCAUUGCUGUUUCCCAGGGUCAGAUGUCUGCCGAGGAGCAGGGCAGCUGGACCGGACGACUUCGAGCCAGGGGCAGUCAGAGCACCAAAGUGUGACCCCCACCAUGGAGCCACCAGGUUGUUAAAGGCUGUUACCCCACAGAUGAAAAACUAUGGUGAGGGUGCUCUGAGUUACACAUUGGCUUCCUUCUGCAACCACAGGUCACCUCAGUGAGAGGGGCCAGUCCAUGAUGGCCAGCCAGCCGGAGCCAGUCUUUGUCCUUCUUUCUGUUGUACUGCUCACCAUUGCAGUGGGAAAGUAGUCCUUGUAGAGAGAGGCAGCAGCAGCGGGGACAGUGAGGUCAAUUGCUGCCAACCAACAGGCCGGUCCUGAAGGCUAAUACCAACAAGGAGCCUUUAUGUCCAGACAUAAAUAAAUUCCAACAGCAGCUCCAACUCUGGCUGAAGCAGAGCCAAAUUGCCAUUAUAUUUUGCAUUAGGAACAUUCACUUCUUGAUUAGAAAAUGUUCUCAUGCCUCUCCCAUUAUUGAAGGGUCCUGAACAAAAAGAACUCUGAAAAAGUUCUGUUUCUGGAGAUUCCCAACCUAUGGUUAAUUUGCUUUCCGCAGGAAGGAGAUUACAUCUUUGCAUGGAUCACCCUGAUCAAGUGCUUCAGAUCUGCAUUGGCAUAUGUUGUCUGGAACUUACUUUUGUUUCAAAUGUAUUUCAGAAUGAAUACCUUCCUUCCCUCUUCAAACAGGAGCCUCAUAUAAAUUAGCCUGUACCUCCAUUAUGCCAAACCAUCUGGUUGAAUGAGUUGGAAAAAUGAAUGGGGGAAAAUUCAGGGUUUUCAUUUAUCUAUUCAUGUCUAUUCUGUUCUGUUGCUGGCAAAUGACAGAAGACCAACUGGGGCCAGUGCAUGUCAAUCUAUUAGAAGGGCUGGAGUAUCUCGCGUAACCAAACUUUGGGGAGGGCAGGGAUGCAGCAGAUUCUCAGGGAGAUGGAGAACCAAAUACUGAACAUCACCAGGAUUCCUAUAAGGACUCUUGUCAUCUUCCAGGCUCUUGUCUAGGGCUCGCAUCAUUUCUCAUCUGUUUCUUCCCACUACAUUGACUUCAUUCUUUGAACUACAAAUGACCAUGUAUCUGUUUCUAUACGUGGCAGGGAACAUGGCCACCAACAGGUUUCAAGUUCUAUGAAUGGAUUUACUUCUGGCAAUUCUCACUACUAUAAACGGUCUAGUUGGAAUGUUCCUUGGUCCUAAGAUUAAAAAACACAAACAAAAACAAAAAAUGAGGAAAAACUGAUUGGCCUAGCUUGGAUCAGGUCUUCAUUUGUAAAUCAAUGUACUAUGGUCAGGUCAAGGUUACCUUUGAUAUAAUCCGUUGGGUCUACUCCUGUGAAUGGAGACUACAUGCCAGAAAAGAGAAUAAUUGUGAACUAAGCAGCCAACCCACAAUUCUGCUCAUAAGUACUUAUGUCUGUUGAGCAUUUGCUAUGUACAUAGGCAACAUGCUGAUCUGCGUUUGGCAUUCUGUAUUUUAAAACUAACUAAUGACUAAAUGACUGUAUGGAUGCAUCUUGUCUUAACAUAAAGGAUGUGUGUCCACAAAAAACUAUAUGAAUAUCAAAUGUUAUUUCAAGUUCAGUAGAGGAAAUUGAUAGUUAAAAAUAUCUAGGACAUAGGAAUUAUCUUAUAAAAUAAGAAUUUCUUUCAACUAUGUAUUGUUGGCAAUUGUUUUCUGAUUUGUUUUAUCCAAAAUAAAAGUUGUAGGGUGAUUUUUAAAAGCAUAUCACAAUCAUGUUUAUUAGGUCAUUAAUACAAUAAGCAUUUCCUGAGCAUUUCCUGUGUACCAUUCAAUGAUAGUUUCUAGAUAUAGUGAAAUGAUUGAGACCCUUCAAGGGAGACAAAGAGGUUCAUGAUACUGCCGUGUAAUUAGGGCACCUGGAGGCCCCGCAACAUGCUAAGCUAAUAUUUGGCAUCUCACGGACAAUAAAACUCAUUUAUUUACUUUUCUAAACUGUCUUAAGGAUACCCAGGAAGGACACAGAAUCCAGCCUGCUGUAGGAGAAUUAUCUUAGGAAACACUUCCAACAGGUCAUCUCCGUUCAGCUGAGUCUUCAGGUUGCAGAACUGGCAGACUGAUGGGGAGAUAACAUUCUCUUAGAAGAGGGAACAGCAUAUGCCUAAGUAAGCACAGAGGUAUAAGCAGCUGUCAUGUUCUGAGCCUCCAAAUGCCAGUAGAGUUGUAGGUCUGUGUAGAUCCAAAGGCCUUUUGUGCCACGCUAAUGAGGUUGGAAACGUCAUCUUGUAACAACAGGGGAUCCCUGAAUGGUUAAAUUUGUAUCUUAGAGGCAUCUUUCUGGAGGUGAUGUAAGGAACAAAGUUAAGGAGGGCAACUGGAGGCAAGAAGAAUGGCUGGCAUGCUAUGGUGGUAGUUGGUAAGGUCCUGAAGUAAGGCAGUGGCUGCAGGAAGAUUGGAUGUGUCUACCUUGGAUGUGGGAGAGAGUAGAAUAUGAGCUGUAUGGGGACACAUUAGAGGUGCCCACGCCUCACUUAGACAAACUUCAGAAAUUUGUCCUCUUUGGCAUCUGUUUACAUUUUCGUUAGUGUUCAAGUGGGAAGUACUAAGCAGAUUUUUCAUCUUACUCAGUGGAAACUCACACACCCCUCCUUUCUCUGGGAUUCAUAAGGCUAAUAGUUUUUUGUUUGUGUCUCUGUUUUGAUAGUAUAAAUUGUUGCUAAAUUCCGUGCAGCUAGACAACAUUUUGUUUGUGGUCCAAGGAAGGGAGUCGAAAAGACUGUUAACUUGCCUCUGAUGAGAGGAUUUUACUGAUGUUAUUGAUUGAUGUAAGGGAAAUUUCUAAUCUUAAAUAUUUAAAAAUUAUCAUUUCCCAUUUACAUUAACAAGCAAAGUUCAUAUCAGUUCCUCUUGAUAUUUUUCUCAACAAAGUGAUCUUUAGAGGGGAAAAAAACAUAGUGGACUUAAAAGUCACAAUAUUAACAAUAUUGUCUUCAGCUUCAGAGAGAAGUCUGGCAGCUAGUAUUCAAGUCAAUGGAGAUAGCAGUUCCACCAGAUAUCACAGCCUUCUUCAAAUAUUUAAUGACCUAAAUCAGUUAUUUUCAAAACCUUAAAGGAUAAUUGGAGAAAGGUAUGAUCGAGCAAUUCACAAAAGAGGAAGUGAAAAUGUCCAGUAAAUAUGUCAAAAAAUAUUUAACCUCAUUACGUGAGAACAGAGUAGACUUUUUUUGGAAACCAAGUUGUCAAAGAUGAAAACAGGUUAAUGUCUACGGUAGUGAGGUUUCUGUGUCAUCAGUGAGAAAGUAAUUGGAACACUUUUGGACAGUUUUCCAGUAUCUGUCAAAGACAAAACGGUGUAUUUUUAAUCUAGUGGUUUAAAACCAGCAAUUAUCAUGAGGAAAUCAUUAUGUGCAAGGAUGUACAUACCAAUUUUUUAUAUAAAAUCUCAAAAUAAUCUACUCAUCUAAUGGGAUUUUUAAAAAAAGCUGUGGUACAGCCAUAAGCUAGAGUGCUGUGUUGUCAUUAUAAUUAUGUUUAGACUAUUUUCUUAAAGGAAAAUAUUCAUGAUAUAGUAUAGAGCAAGCAGGUUAAGGAGGUAUAGCCAGCAUGGCUCCAAUUGUUACCUCUGGGUUGUUACAUUAUGGAUGAUUUUUAUUUUCUCAUUAUGCUUUGUGGUAUUUUCUACAAUUAAUCUGUUUAUUCAGAAAAAGUAAAUAGAAUUAAACUGACACACGCUUUGAAGAGCUGUCAUGUGAAAGCAGCAGCCUUAUGGUCCAUUUCGAUUUGGCAUAAUGAAGAACUUUCUAAGAGUCAGAGGUGAUUUGUAGAAAAACAAACAGGCUUCCUCCAGAAGUUAGAUACUCUAUUCCAGAAAUCUUAAAAAAGUCUCCAUAUGCUGGGUGAUUUAUUGGACUGGAUGAUAUUUAAAUUUCCUUUUAUGAUCUCUGAGCCAUUUAUUAGAACUAGCUCAACUUGCUGGCUAUGAAGAACCUAGCUGUCUGGUUUAUUAAACACAGUGCUUAGUACUAGAAAAUUGCACACACUUAGUAUUCAUUAGAUCUUCAGCUUUCAAACAUUUGGCCCAAGUUCCAUAACUAGAAAUACAUUUUACAGUAUCAUGACCUAGUAAACGCAUACAUACAUAGCAUCAUAAAACACUCUUACCCAUUUUCUAUGCUGAGUUUUAAUUUUCCAAAUGCAGAUUGUGACCUACUAAACUGAUUUCACAAUUUAGUUUGCAACCUGCAGUUUGAAAAGCCCUGCACUGAGGACUCUGGCACUUUGGUAUGGUGCCACCCUUGAAGGUCAACUACUUUGCUCAGGCAGCCUUCAGGUGAGGUUGGGUGGGUGGGUUGGCCUCAUUUAUGCUGAAUUCUUCUCUGAGCCAUGGAUCUGAGAUACUGGCAGUUAUGUCUUUUGUCAGUAUAUACAUAGUAAUAAGUUCUUAUGUAAAGCUUAAAAAAUACUUUAAAAAUCAAGUACUUAGCUAACCUCCUUGCCUUUUGUUCCUUGACAACCUAAACAUAAUCUUUUUACCAUAAAAGAUCGUCCACAUUUCACUUCAGAUAACUGUACCAUUGAUACAGUAUCUGGCAUGGUAUGUCCAUAGAUAAAUUUAACUGCUUCGUUUAAUUUGAAAGGUAUUAAUUCUAGAAAUUACUUUCCUAUAUUAGCCAGGCAUUCAGAGAAGAGGAGAGGGAGGGCCUACUCCUUUUUGACAUUGAUGUGUGUUGAUAAUAGGUGAAUGUUAAAGACCAACCCUCUAAUCUUAAAGCUGAAUAAGGGAGAUAGGUCAGGAAUAGCAAAAGCUGAAGACAUUGUACUAAAGAUUGGAACCUUAGAAACUUGUGAUUGUGUAUAAGACUAAAAGUCAAAAUAGUCCUUGAAAAUUCCACUUCCACUACAAUUUAGUGUGAACUUGGGUGAGUUACGAAGUUCUUAUGGAUAAAAUACAGAUAAUAAUAGUACCUACCUCAGGAUUGCUGUGAAGAUUAGUUAAUAUAUUGAAAAUACCCAAAACAAUGUCUGGCACAUAGUACGUGCUUAGAUGAGUGUGUUUGUCAGUAUUAACACAUAAGCAGUGGGGAAAAAACCCCGCAUUUUAUCAUUAGUUGGAAUAGGACAAUACUGUCUGUUCAAAUUAGAAAAUAUUUAGUAAAUGAGAUGAGCUUCUCUGAAAGUCCUUGUAAAAACUUCGAUGACCUCAGUUGAAUUAAGGGCCUUAAACAAAAUUAGAAAAAUGGUAAUUGAGCAAAAGGUUACUAAGAACAAGAGAUUCUUCAAUAGGCAUUCACAGGCAGCACUGCAGUUUAGAGAAGAAGCAAGGAAAACAUCAGUUCCAAGGUGAUUGUGAAUUUCCUUGUGAUACACACAUUGAAGACUUGGAGGACAUGGCACAUAGUAGAUGCUCAAUAAAUGUUAUCUAUUGUUCUUACUGUUAUUUCAUCAUUGAUAAAAUCAAGCUCGGGUCUAUUCUUGCUUUCAGAUUGAUUAGACAGUAAGUGAUGUCAAAUUACCUGUCCACAGAGUGGGCAUUUUGUUUGCUUUUUGUGGUGAGUGGAGAUAAAGACUGGCUGCUACCAGAUCUAAAGACCCUUGAUGUCCAAGGACAAAAAUAGAAAAGUAAAAUAAAGAAAGACAAAAAUGUCUUUGCUGGAGAAAGCAUCCAAUAAAAAAACAUUUUGAAACAAUUAUUCUUAAAGGAUGAAUCCUAGCUAAGUGUGGUUCCACACAGCUGUAUUUCCACCUAUUUGGGAGGCUGAGGUGGGAGGGUUGCUUGAGUCAAAAAGAUAAGCCUUUAGCAAGCAUAGAUCCCCACACAGGUGGCAGUGUGGGCUUGGGUGGAAGUCAUGUCAGAGAUAAAGUUAUUCCAAAGUAUUGAUCAAAGGUGAGAAAACUUAAAUGCCAGUGAAGCUUCCUGAAGGAUUUUAUCCCAUUUCUUGCCAUUCAUUGCUACUCUUUCAUCUUUCCUUCUCCCCUAUUUUUCUAUGUAAUACAGAUUUUAUGUAUCAAAUUUCCACUUUUGAAAGUUUUCCACUUUUUUUCCACUUUUUCAAAUUUCCACUUUUAAAAGUUUUCCACUUUUAUCUGCUCAAUAUUUUAUAUCCUUUGAAGUAUCAACUACCUAGUAAACUCAUCCAUAUUUUCAAAACUUCUGAGUAUUAUUUUUAAAUGUUUUAAUUGAAACAUUCUAGAUAUGGUGCCCAAAUGUUGACCCAUUAGUUAAAUUCUACUGAAGCCAUUAUAAAGUAUGAAAUUUAGUAGAAAGUAAUGGGGCUUUUUGCCUCAUUUUCUGUGAAUGUAUUUUCAUGUUUUCCUCUUUCUCAGUAUAGAGCUUAUUUCUGUUUCAGUAGCUGCCCAUUCUUUUGAUUGAACACUGAAGAUAUAGCACUUUGCUGUUAGAAUAGUUUAGUAAAUGUAUUCAUUUUACCAUAUACACAUGGACAUUAUUACUCUUAUUUCUUUGGACUUAUGUGAUAGCUUUCUACUGUAAAAGCUUAUUGUGCUAUGGAAUUAUCAUAGGUUCUAUGUAAAAUUAUUACUUUCCUACUUGCUGUUAUUUUUUUCUAAGAAGCAUAAAUAGAUAAGAUGUAAUUAAGAUGUAAUUCUGUCCUGGAAAAAAAUGAUUUCUUUUGGUAUCUUCAGUUUUGUG